AUGCAUAGAGUCAAGAAGGUGAAGCUUUGUGAGACUAAAGAAGAGAUCUGGAAAAGCUGUGUAACAGUUAAGAUGACGGCUGUGGAUGGCCUAUCGGACAGCACAGAGGUCGUGGAGAUGGAGGACGUGCCCUCUCAGUUUUUUGUGGAGAAACACUCGUGGGAAGGACUCCGUGACAUCAUCCACUGCAGCAGAAAGUACUCCGGCAUGAUCGCCAACAAGGCUCCGCAUGACUUCCAGUUUGUGCAAAAGAAGGAUGAAACUGCUCCCCAUUCCCACCGGUUAUACUACCUCGGAAUGCCUUACGGAAGCAGAGAGAACUCUUUGCUCUACUCAGAAAUCCCAAAGAAGAUCUGCAAAGAGGAUCUCUCAGUCUUGUCAUGGAAACAAAUGCUUGAUCACUUUCAGGCAACACCACACCAAGGGGCCUACUCACGAGAGGAAGAACUGCUGAGGGAGCGUAAACGUCUUGGAGCAUUUGGAAUAACAUCUUAUGACUACCACACACAGACAGGCCUGUUUCUCUUCCAGGCUAGCAAUAGCCUGUUUUACUGUCGGGAUGGAGGCAACAAUGGCUUCAUUCAGUCCGCUCCCGUGAAGCCUGUGGAGAUCAAGACCCAGUGCUCAGGCACCCGGAUGGACCCGAAAAUCUGUCCGGGAAACCCUGAUUUCAUUGCCUUUAUCAACAAUAAUGACCUGUGGAUAACUAACAUCAAGACUGGAGAGGAGAAGAGACUCACCUACUGUCACAAAGGUGUAGAUAAUGUCAAGGAAGACCCGAAGUCGGCAGGUGUAGCCACUUUUGUCAUCCAAGAAGAGUUUGAUCGAUUUACAGGCUAUUGGUGGAAUCCCUCAGCAGAGAAAGACUCAAGUGGCGGAAAAACUGUAUAUCUACUGUAUGAGGAGGUAGACGAGACAGAAGUCGAAAUUAUUCAUGUGCCAUCUCCAGCACUGGAAGAGCGUAAGGCCGAUGCAUACAGAUACCCCCGCACAGGUAGCAAAAAUCCACAGGCAACACUUAAACUAGCAGAAAUCAAGACAGACCAUACAGGGAGAAUUGUGAGAAUGCAAGAUAAAGAGCUGGUAGUCCCCUUCACCUCCUUGUUUCCAGGAACGGAAUACAUUGCAAGGGUAGGAUGGACAAGUGACGGCAAAUAUGGCUGGGCAGUGUUGCUGGACCGCAGCCAGAGGAAAUUGCAGCUAGUCCUGCUACCGCCAACUCUCUUCAUCCCUGUUACCAAUGAUAAGGCUCAGAGAGAGGCCAAUCUGGAGGCAGUCCCCAUUAACACGCAACCAUAUAUUAUCUAUGAAGAAACCACCGACGUUUGGAUUAAUGUCCAUGAUAUAUUUUACCCAUUUGUUCAAACAUCAGAAGAAGAGUUUACUUUUAUUUGGAUCAAUGAGUCUAAAACAGGUUUCAGUCAUCUUUAUAAAAUCACAUCCUUUUUACAACCAAACCGCUGCUACAUGUGGACAGAGAAAUACCAACCCAUAGACGGACAAUUUAAAUGUGCAAUUAAGGAGGAAGUUGCACUGACCAGUGGAGAAUGGGAAGUGCUUGCCAGGCAUGGCUCAAAGAUCUGGGUGAAUGAGAUUACAAAGUUAGUGUAUUUCCAAGGCACCAGAGACACUCCGCUGGAACAUCACCUAUAUGUGGUCAGCUAUGAUUCUCCAGGAAAUGUAGUCAGACUAACAAAACCUGGUUUCUCUCAUAGCUGCUCCGUUAGUCAAAACUUUGACUUUUUUGUCAGCCACUACAGUAAUGUGAGUACACCACCUUGUGUUCACGUCUACAAACUGACCAGUUCAGAAAGUGACCCCUUACAUAUAGCACCUGAAGUCUGGGCCAGCAUGAUGGAGUCACCAGGUUGCCCAGGAGAUUACAACCCACCCGAGAUUUUCGACUUUCCCGGCAAGUCUGGCUUCCAGCUUUACGGGAUGGUUUACAAGCCUCACAACCUGCAACCUGGCAGGAAGCAUCCCACGGUUCUCUUUGUGUAUGGAGGCCCACAGGUGCAGUUGGUAAACAACUCCUUCAAGGGGAUGAAGUACCUCCGUUUGAACACGCUGGCCUCAUUGGGCUACGCCGUAGUUGUCAUUGAUGGAAGGGGGUCUUGUCAGAGGGGCCUUGAAUUUGAAGGCGCCCUUAAAAAUAAAAUGGGUCAGGUAGAAAUCGAAGACCAGGUGGAAGGCCUGCAGUAUGUAGCGGAGAAGUUUAACUUUGUGGACCUGAGUCGUGUGGCUAUUCACGGUUGGUCCUACGGCGGUUUCCUCUCGCUCAUGGGCCUCAUCCAGCGACCCAACGUAUUCAAGCUGGCAAUUGCAGGGGCCCCCGUGACCGUAUGGAUGGCGUACGACACGGGCUACACGGAACGUUACAUGGACGUGCCUGAGAACAACCAGCAGGGCUAUGAGGAAGGCUCUGUCGCGUUGCACGUGGACAAGCUGCCUAGCGAGCCAAACCGUUUGCUGAUUCUACAUGGAUUUCUAGAUGAAAAUGUGCACUUUUUCCACACCAAUUUCUUGGUGUCGCAGAUAAUCCGUGCUGGGAAGCCCUAUCAACUUCAGGUCUACCCCAAUGAGAGGCACAGUAUCCGCUGCCCCGAGUCUGGAGAACACUAUGAGAUAAUGCUGCUGCACUUUCUACAACAAUACCUCUGA